UAUAUUAUAAGUUUAUAUUGAUGCUUGCACACAAUUUUUUUUACAACUUCAUAAUGUUUUAAUGAACUAUAUUUUUCAGAAUGAGGAAAAUGGAAGUCGACAUCUUUUGGGCCAUAAGGCGAGGAAAAACUCCAAGGGAAGAUUUAAGGAGGCCGAGUCUCUGGCAUCAACACUUGGAAUACAAGAAUCCUCAUCACUAUACUCUCAGUUAAGUGACACAGAGGAUGACUUCAGUAUCUGCUCCAGCCCUGACUUCUCACCAGCUGGUCUACCGUGCCCAUCUGCUUCCACUACUGAGACUUUACCUGCUGAGGCUUCUGACAAAACUGGCAGUUCACAGAGAGCCGUGGAUACUUUGACUGCAUCUACCAAAGGGGACCAUCCUGGAGCCUUGGGGCUCAUAGCUACUGUUCAAAAUAUUGGCUCACAUAGUUAUAAUUGUCAUGAAAACUUAACAGAAAAAAAAUCAAAUAUAACUGUUGAAGACAUAGAAAGAGAAGAGAAAGUAAAAUGUGAUGUUCGAUGUGAUGUGUCAAGUGAGAAUGGUGUAGACGACAAUGGUUUUACUUAUUCUAUUGGAAAUUGUGAUGAUAAAAAUAGUAAAGAUAUUCUUAACCAGGUUGAGAGACAUGCUUCUAUAUCAUCAUUAUCAAGUUUGUCCUCACAGCCAUGCUGUGUAUAUGAGAACCCUGUGCAUGACUCCCCGAAGCAACAUCGUGACCCACGUCCAAGUGAAGACACUCAAGGAACUUCUGCUGAGAAUAUCAUUGACCCAACACCUGCCCGGGUGAAACAGACUACAUGUCCAGUACCCCCUCUGGAAAUCAAAAGACGAAUAAGUACCUCCAGCAGGAAAAAUUCAGUUCCCCUUACCCCUCUGACACCUUUAAGUACAACUGUGACUCCUGUUCUCCCAACGCACAAAGUUCCAAGUCCACAGGAGGUGGCAAAUACUCAAUACAUAUUUGUUGCAGCACAGCAAAUCAAUGAGGCACAACACCAUGAGCAAAAUAGGGACUACAAGCAAGCAUUAGAUAUGUACCGAGAAGGGGUAGGAACCUUGUUGCAAGGAGUACAAGGAGAUGGGGAUGGGAGUCGUAGGGAGGCGGUCAGAAGGAAAACUGCCCAAUACUUGCAGCGUGCAGAGCAGCUGAUGGCACGCCUUACUCGCAAGGAUAAAAAAAAAAAGCAGCAUUCUGAUGGGCCUCCUCCAGAAAUUAGUUCCAGUGGCGAAGCGGGACUCAAGAGUCGAGCAUCAGAUCUCUCUAGAUAUCGUGUUGCAGGCUUAGCAGGAUCUGUUAUUAUUGCAACUGAUACCACAAAUGGUGACACUGUCGCCAUCAAGGUUCUGAUCAAGAGCGGGAUUGGUAGUGGAGAAAAGACUGUUGUUCCCGAGAACGUUCCCUUCAUGGUGCCUAUCAUCCGUUACCAUGAGACAGACACUGCCAUUUAUCUUGUGCUCAAAUUCAUCAGUGGUGGUAAGCUAUGGAGCCACAUUAGGAAAUAUGUGUCAGAGGGACAUGCAAACACUGAUGAUAUGUUCAACAACUCCAGCAAUACAUACGCUGGCCGCCGACUGCUGCAGGAAACUACUGAUCCAGAUUGUCUAGCUUGUGAUGCAUUGUUUCUAUGUGAAACCCCAUCACUUUCAUCCCACAUAUCUUCUCACCUGUCAUCACCUCAGCCUUGUUCCCAGACAGCACCGUCCACCAACAAUUUCCUCACCGUCCCUGAUUGUGGUUCAUUGGGAGGAAGUUCAGGAUGUUCGGAGGCUUCCUCAUCAUGUUUUCCCAAUGGUUAUCUCCAAAUCUUUUCAGAUUAUACUCAUAGCUUACCGUCCUCUUCCUCAAUGGUUCUCAUACCUCCAUUAGGACUUGGCUCCCAUGUGGCAACAGUGCCGGUUCCUAAAUCCAAGAGUGCCGGUGCCCUUGUCAUUGCAGCAGAGUGUUCUAAUGCCACUCGAGAUGCUCUAGAAGAUUCAAGAUUAUCAGCUAAAGAGGACAAGAAUGUUCUUCAAGUUGGCAUUUUGCUUAAUGGAAAUAGUUUAAUAACUGAUGAAGACAAAGUAAGUAUUGGGAGUGACACACUGUCAGGAGUUAGUGAAGACUUCAGUUGUUCCAUGGCAGUCAAUAUCCCAAAUCUUCUUCCAGAUCCUUUACCUCUUCCAGAAGUCAAAAUUACUAAUGAAUCUAACCCUGAAAUGAAUUCAGAUCUGAUAAGUAAGGAAGAUGAAUCUCAUUUUAUGAAACCUAAGGGAGAUAACAAUGGUGAAUUUCUAUCUCAAGUCAAUAUCAGACAUUGUAAGACUGAGCUAGUGCCGCAGAAGCAUUCUGAGAAAUGUGAUGCAUCAGUGAGAUCUUCUACAACUGAAACAGAACAGCCACACAUUGACAAACAAGGCAAGACCCAGCUCACGAGAAAUGGGGGAAGAGAGCCUUUGUAUUUAAGAGCAACAGACAAUUAUUUAGGAAUAGACGAUGAGAAAGAUGACACUAGUAUAACUGACACAUCUUUUGCAAGUGUAACUCUCCCAUCCUUUUCUUGGACUAAGCGGGAUGAUUCAGAGCUUGCAUCUUUAGAUAUUGAAGAUCUUAUAAGAAAUUCUAAACAACUAUUACAGAAUGUUGACUACACAUUGCAACAGAGUAAGAGCCAUGGUGCAACUACAUUUCAUGACUCUGAUGAUAGCACCUCUGUAGACCAUUCAGAGCUUCCUUAUGAUGGGGAUAGUAUAGAUUUUGAUCAGCCAGAUAAGGGUAAAACAAUGGUAUCCAAGAUGGAAAAUGAAAAGAAGAUUCUACAAGAUCAAUACUUCUCCCAUGUUUCAACUAUUCCAGAAUCUCCAUCUUCUGCUAAUCAGUCAGAGCUGAGUUUAGUCAGUCAAAAAAUAAAAGCAACCAGCUUAACGGCUGUUAAGAGUGAUAGCUUAUUAAUGGCCCCAAAGUGUGAAGUGGAUCACAAUGAAAGAAGUACAUCCACUGACUGCAUUGAAUAUCAGGGAGUGAGAUCACACAUACCUAUUGUAAAUCCAGGUGUUGAAUCUACUCAUGAGAUCCAAGAUACAAUGGCUCAUUAUGAACAACAAGAAAACGAUCAUGUAAAUAACAGUUUAAAUUCAUGUGAGGCACCAAUAGAGAGUUCGUUAGCAGCCCUCCUUGAAAAAUAUUCUGCGAACCGAGGACAUGACUUUCGACCAAGAUUACCGGAAGGAAUUGUGAAAGUGUGGUCAUCUCAGAUAAUCUCAGCCAUCACGGCACUUCACCAGCUUGGAGUUGUAUGGGGGGACAUCAAUUCUGACAAUGUUCUCCUCGAUGAAGGUGGCAGCAUUCUAGUUACUUACGAGAGUCGUUGGUCUUCAGUGCAACGUAACGUGUGGAGUAAGAAGUGCUGGAAGCAUCUAGGUGGCCAGUAUAAGAUGGAGGAAGCAGCAGCUCAACAGCAGAAAAUGGGAUCCUUGGCUCCAGAGCUAAGGUCCCCUCUAGCACAUCCUACUACAGCAUCUGAUUGGUGGUCUGUUGGUGCUAUAAUGUACCACAUGCUUACUGGACAGAGUGUAAAUGCAGCUCAUCCUUCAGGCAUCACUUCUCACACGGAGCUGUUGAUUCCCGCUCAUCUCUCCACAGAAGCUGCCUCCCUCCUCUCACAGCUUUUGUGCGCACACCCUACUGGUCGUCUAGGAGGUGGAGGUGCUGGGGCCCAGGAGAUUAAGGACCACGCCUUCUUUACGGGUAUAGAGUGGACAGAGUAGGCAGUCUGUAAUAAUUAUAACUAGUAUAGUGAUAACGUUAGCCCAAUCGGUUUAAGGUUCUUUAUUGUAGAUUUUGUUACAAUUUUUGGGGCGGAGUCCCGUCGGCUCCCCGGAGCUAACGAGGUUGAUAUGUAACUGUUAGCUUUCUGGCAUCAAAGUGCAUUGAGUUCUUGUAACCGGGGACCACGAGCCAGAACCUGGCCCCCUCAG